AAGUUCUGUUAAAUAACAUUGCAUAACUUUUUACAGCAAUGUAAAUCAGUAUUGUCCUCUUAUUCUUCCUACCUUUGACAAGGUGACAUUAAAACCAUGAAACUAGCUGCUGAAGAAAUAAAAUGAGACCUUGACUCUUCGAUUCUGGCUUUGUUCUUAGUUUACAUAAAAUGAAAGCUUAUAGGUUGAGAGGAUUGCCGUUGUGGAUCUUUCUCUUGUUCUUUGCUUUUUACUGCUCUGUGCAAGCUGAGGUAGCAGCCCAGGAGAUACUGAAGAAUAAUAAUAAUACAGUGGCCGUAAAUAUUGGGGUGAUUUAUGAAGAAGGUAACAAGUUAGGGAAGAUGGGGUUGAACUGCAUAAAGUUAGGCCUUUCUGACUUUUAUAACUCUCAUCAAAGCUACAACACCAGAAUAGUUCUCAAUAUCAGGGUAUAUCCAAAGGAUAGUGGUGUUGGUGCAGCCGCGGCUGCUUUGUAUCUUCUUAAACAUGCUCAAGUGAAGGCAAUAAUGGGGCCAAUAACAUCAAUGGAGGCUGAGUUUGUAAUACGUUUAGGAGAAGAAGCUCAAGUCCCCGUGCUUUCAUAUUCAGCAACAAGUCCUUUUCUUUCUUCCAUCCAAAGCUCCUACUUCAUCCGUACAGCGCAAGAUAAUUUGCCUCAAGCAAAAGCCAUAAGUGCUCUUGUCAAAGCUUUUAAAUGGCGAGAAAUUGUUCCUGUCUACAUAAACAGUGAUUAUGGAACAGGCUUUAUACCUUACUUGGCUGAUGCUUUACAGGAAAUUGAUGUUCGUAUUCCUUACCAUGGUGUCAUACCUUGGUUUGCCACUGAUGAACAGAUUUGCGAACAGUUGUACAAGUUGAAGAAUAUGUCGACAAGAGUGUUUGUAGUACACAUGUCUCCUGAUCUUGCUUCUCGCCUUUUCUUGAGAGUGAAUGAGCUGGAAAUGAUGGAUGAGGGAUAUGUUUGGAUUACAACAACUUCCAUAAACAAUGAAUUAGGCUCAGUAAGUCAUAACGUUGUUCAGUAUAUGCAAGGAGUGAUUGGCUUAAAGAAUUAUGUCAAACAAUCAAACAAAUUGAGAGAAUUUGAGAAUCGGUGGGAUACAAAGUUUGGAAAUAUGAAGCUCGGUAUAAUGGGACUUUGGGCCUAUGAUGCAGCUUGUGCACUUGCCAGAGCAGUGGAAGCAGUUGCAAAAUCAGACUCUGGUUUCCGAAAGAAGAAAAUGUCAGCAAACUUAACUGAUCUGGAUACGUUGGGAGUUUCCUCUAUUGGGCCAAAACUUUUACAGACACUUGUUAAUACUAACUUCAGUGGCCUUAAUGGAGAAUACAGUCUUCUUGACAGGCAACUAGAAGCCUCAACCUUGAUAAUCAUAAAUGUGAUUGGUAGUGGUAGUAGAGACAUUGGAUUCUGGAAUUCUGAAAAAGGGCUAGUGCGAAAUUUGAAUUCUUCUAAUAACAGGUUGAAAGCAAUUAUUUGGCCAGGAGAAAUAACAUCAGUUCCAAAAGGAUGGACAGUUCCAGCUGGUAGGACCAAGUUAAGAGUUGGAGUUCCUGUAAAACCUGUUUAUGAAGAACUUGUGAAUGUGACGCGAGAUAGAAGCAUUGGAGCCAACAAAUAUAAUGUUAAAGGUUUCUGCAUUGAUGUAUUUGAGGCUGUUAUGGAUAAUCUCCAGUACUCUGGGCUUUAUGAAUAUUAUCCAUUUCCAAAUCCUGACGAAUCUACUAAAUCCUAUGAUGAUAUGGUCUACCAGGUCUUCCUUCAGAAUUAUGACAUUGUGGUGGGAGACAUUACCAUAAUUGCAAACAGAUCAGCAUAUGUUGAUUUUUCACUUCCAUACACUCAGUCUGGAGUGACAAUGGUGGCUCCUGUUAGAAAUGAGAGGCGAAGUGCAUGGGUGUUUUUUAUGCCAUUAACUUGGGAUUUGUGGGUGGCUAGUUUAUCUGCAUUCACUUUCAUAGCUUUUGCAAUUUGGGUCCUUGAACACCGGAUAAACGAAGAAUUUCGUGGACCUGCAUCACAUCAGGCUGGCACUAGUCUCUUUUACUCCUUCUCCUUGCUGGUUUUUGCCCAAAGAGAGAAUGUGUUGAGUAACUUGGCCAGAUUUGUUGUGAUCAUUUGGGUCUUUGUAGUGUUUGUCUUAACUCAAAGCUACACCGCCAGCUUGACUUCAAUGUUAACUGUUCAACAGCUGCGGCCUAGCGUUACAGAUGUACACGAUCUAAUAAGCAAAGGGGCUUAUGUAGGGUUUCAAGAGGGUUCCUUUAUUCAAGGAUUCUUAAAACAUAAGGGUUUUCAUGAAUCAAAACUCGUUUCCUACAACUCAUCAGAGCAUUUAGAUAACCUUCUAUCAAAAGGUAGCAUGAAUGGGGGCAUUGCUGUUGUUUUCGACGAAAUUCCCUAUAUGAAGCUUUUCCUUGCAAAAUAUUCCUCCAAAUAUAUGAUGCUUCAACCUAUAUACAAGGCAGAAGGCUUUGGAUUUGCUUUUCCUAAAGGUUCACCCUUAGUAGCUGAUGUUUCAAGAGCAAUAUUAACUGUAACAGAAGGAGAUGGUAUGCUGGAAAUGGAGAAAGUAUGGGGUAUGCAACUGUAUAAUACUUCAGAUGAAGGAAACAAGGUAGCAGCCUCUAGCAGCCUGAGUCUUGAAAGUUUCUGGGGGCUAUUCCUCAUUGCAGGAGUUGCUUCAGGACUUUCUCUUAUCAUCUUCACAACAACAUUCCUAUAUAAAAAAAGGGAUAUCUGGCUUUACUCUAAUGCUUCAAUAUGGAAAAAAGUACAAGAUCUAGCUGAAGCCUUUGUGCAACGAGAUAUGGCAUCUCAUACUUUCAGGAAAACUGAUGUACAACAUAAUACAAGAACUUUGAAAACUGAUAUUUUCAACCCCAGCGGUGACAAUACUGAUUCCCCUCCCAGGCCAUCAGUUUUUUCAGAUGGGGCAGAAGAUGACUUGGUCAUUUCUGCAGAAUCAACUCCAUCUGAUCACCAUGUGCAGACGGCUUCAGCAGAAACUAUAGCACCUAGCCUUUUAUCAAAUCAUCAACAUGAUUAAAGGGUUAAAGCAUUAGCUGUAGAAUGUCUGUAAUGGACAGGGAAAACAAUUGACUUAAUGUUUUACACAAGAUGAUUAUUUCAAAUGAAUAUGAAUGCAUUUAACUAA